GUUAGUGGAGAAGGUAAUAGAAAUAAAUAAAAUAGAUUCGGAAUGUAAGAUUUUAAGACUAGGAUUUAGCAGAUUCCUAUUCUUUAGUGGGUCUUAGUGGUUUUUAUAGAUGGAGGCAUCAGGAUCAACCCUUAGUGGAUUUGAAGAAAGAGUUUCAGAGUUACCAGAGGAGCAACAGGCGUUUGCCACCAAGCUUAUUGAGAAGUUCGCCCAGAUGAAAGAGAUUGCAGCAGAAGAAGAGGGAUGGAAAGAAGGAAAGAAGAAGGAUGGAUUCUUUAUCCACACUAAGAAGACUGAUACAGGACUUAACUGUAUUAGAGGACAAGGUGCCAUGGAUUUCUCAGCAGACAAGGUCUUUGAAUUUAUUGAUACUGACGGAAACAUUACUAAAUAUGAUUCCUCUUACAAGGAAGGAAGAACAAUUGAAACUCCAGACCUUGGAGUUGGACUUUGUUUCAGUUAUUCUAGAUAUAAGGGAGGAACCAUGAUCUCCGACAGAGACUUCUGCUUCAUUGGUGCUUCUGUUAAAGAAGAAGAUGGUACUUAUAUCACCUGAUACACAUCUGCUGAACACGCAGAUUGCCCAGCAGUAAAGAAAUGUGUCAGAGGAGAGCUAUAUAUUGGAGGUUGGAUCAUUACCCCAGACAAGGAUGAUCCAGAGAACAAAUGUUAUGCCCACUACAUUACUCAAACUAACCCAAAGGGUAGUGUCCCAAAGUACUUCGUGAACAAGUUCUCUGAAGGUCAAGGACUUCUCCCUUACCAGAUCAAUGAGAUCCUCAAGAAAGAGUCUGCUUAAGCUAAUCUGGAUGUCAAGAUAUAUACAAUCCAAAUUAUUUUCUCCAAUCAAUUG